AUGACUCAACAGAUUAGGGGUGGGGUACCGAAAGUAUGACUUAGCAUGCUGGUUGGGCCGUGGAAACUCAAGCAAGUCAGCUCAGUUUCGUGUCCUGUAAACAGAGAUAAGUGUCAGUUUGUCUAUUUCAGAGGGUGGUUAUGGAAAUUACUAGCCUUUAAAAGAUUGUUAAUCUCGGUGUGGGGAGACUUGGCUUUUGGAGAACAUUGACUCAAGAGCAAAUGUAUCUACCUCCUGAAUUUUGAGUGAGUGAGACAUUAAAGCUUUGAGAUUUUCCCAAAUGGAAUCUUGCCAUAUGGAAAGGUAGGGUUGGAUGCAAAUUUGUUUGUGAAGGGGUUGAGAUGGGGAGUAAGAGUGGAACUCUCCUUGGAAGCCAUUGAAGUAAAGGAUAUAGUGAAUGUUGAGCUUUUUUCACUGUUAUUGUAAUUGCGGAAAGUGAUUUUUUUUUUUUUUUUGGUAAAUUUCAGAAUGCAUGAUUUCAUAGGAUAUAGACAACUGGCUUAAGCCAACAUUUCUGGACAGUAAGAAACUGCAAAUCAAGGAAGAAGUGCUUAGAAAUAUUUUCACAUAAAGAGAAUUUUAGGAAAGGAAGAUGGAUCAACCUAGUGGAAGGAGUUUUAUGCAAGUAUUAUGUGAAAAAUAUAGUCCUGAAAACUUUCCUUACCGUCGUGGUCCUGGGAUGGGAGUCCACGUCCCAGCCACACCUCAGGGCUCCCCCAUGAAAGAUCGCCUCAACCUCCCAAGUGUACUGGUGUUGAACAGCUGUGGAAUAACAUGUGCAGGAGAUGAAAAAGAAAUUGCUGCCUUCUGUGCUCAUGUGUCGGAACUAGAUCUUUCUGACAACAAACUCGAAGACUGGCAUGAGGUCAGUAAAAUUGUGUCAAAUGUUCCCCAGUUGGAGUUUCUAAACCUGAGUUCCAACCCUCUGAAUUUGUCGGUUUUAGAAAGAACAUGUGCUGGGUCCUUCUCUGGGGUUCGCAAACUUGUCCUCAACAACAGCAAAGCUUCUUGGGAGACGGUCCACACGAUACUGCAGGAGUUACCCGAUUUGGAGGAGCUCUUCCUGUGCCUUAAUGACUAUGAAACAGUGUCUUGUCCUUCUAUUUGCUGUCAUUCUCUUAAGCUACUACAUAUAACAGACAAUAACCUCCAAGACUGGACUGAAAUACGAAAGUUAGGAGUUAUGUUUCCUUCACUGGAUACUCUCGUCCUGGCGAACAAUCAUUUGAAUGCUAUUGAGGAGCCUGAUGAUUCACUGGCCCGGUUGUUUCCUAAUCUACGAUCCAUCAGCCUCCACAAAUCAGGUUUGCAGUCCUGGGAAGACAUUGACAAACUAAAUUCAUUCCCCAAACUUGAAGAAGUGAGAUUAUUAGGAAUUCCUCUUCUGCAGCCCUAUACCACCGAGGAGCGGAGGAAAUUGGUAAUAGCCAGAUUGCCAUCCGUCUCCAAACUUAAUGGCAGUGUUGUUACUGAUGGUGAGCGAGAAGAUUCGGAGAGAUUUUUUAUCCGUUACUAUGUGGAUGUUCCACAGGAAGAAGUGCCAUUCAGGUGGAGCUGGAAGUCUGUCGUUUACUGUAGAUGUUCAUGGUAUCAUGAACUGAUUACAAAAUAUGGGAAGUUGGAGCCUUUGGCAGAAGUGGACCUAAGACCCCAGAGCAGCGCGAAAGUAGAAGUCCACUUCAACGAUCAGGUGGAAGAAAUGAGCAUUCGUCUGGACCAAACAGUUGCAGAACUAAAGAAACAAUUAAAAACUCUAGUGCAGUUACCCACGAGCAACAUGCUUCUCUACUAUUUUGACCACGAAGCACCCUUUGGCCCAGAGGAAAUGAAGUACAGCUCUCGCGCAUUGCAUUCUUUUGGCAUUAGGGAUGGAGAUAAAAUUUAUGUGGAAUCCAAAACAAAAUAACCUCUACCAGCCUUGUAAAAACACAUACAUAAGGACUUCUUGCAGGGCAUUUGUUCCCAAUGGUUUUCUUUAGGAGGGAGAAGGUUGUUUUCGUUUCGUUUCGUUUUGUUUUGUUUUGUUUCAGUUUCAGGGGGGUUUUGUAUAUUUUUCCCCCUAGGAUGGGUAGGGGACUGUUUUUGGUAUUUUCUACCACAGAUUUCUUCAGCUCAGCCAGCAGAAUUGGCCACAUCUCCAGUCCGCCCGCCCUCCCUCACGAAAGAUGACCAGGAAGCCGCCGUGUCCGUACCGUGUUCACUGGGACGUGUCUGCCGCGUGGUCGUCCCGACCGCUUCGGGGUACUUGUGGAAAGAGCACGAACAGUGUGUCCCCCGCAGGAGGGUAACUUGACUAUUUAAAUCCGGAGCAGGGAUCUUUCCAGGAAGGGCCAGCAUUUCUCUCCCCCCGUUCUUCCGCGUUCCCUCGUUCUCCCUCCUUUCCUGUUGUGGUUCAGUUUUUCACUUUGACUAGCGUCAGCCCCUGUUUACCUAGUAGCUUCAUUCUGUCUAUAAGUAACUUCUCAUUUCUCAGUGUGGGCGGGGUUUUUUCUUCAUUUCUCCCUUUUGAAACAGUUUCGUGUUUUAAGCAUUUUUCAACCUGAUCCUGAUCUCAGGUACUCAGUUAGCACCUAUAACUCUGUUAGGAUCUGGAAGAGGAGCAGACGGAGAGUUAAAACUCCAGGAAAACUUCCUGUUCGGCAGCACAGGCAGAGCAGCCUGGUCUCUGUGUGUAGCGGUGUCCACGUGGGUGUUCGGGUGUUCGCGUGUUCGCACACACUGUAUCAACCCUCACGUCCAUAGUAUGAAAUAUGUCGCAUUCCCGAGCAUUCCCCAGUUCGAAUGUAUUUCCUCAUAUCUAGCUAUCUUUUUCCUGACCUUAAACUACUGGGACCAGAGGCCUGACUUUAGGAAGGACCCAAAAAAGUAAUGGAUGUACGUGCCAGGAGAGGUGAGAAUUAGCUAACAGACGAUCUGUGGCGUGUGUGAGGGAGCAUCGCAGGAGAAAAGUCAGGUCGUACAGGAGAAAGAGAGUGUCGUGGCUUUCCUGCCUGUGUCGUCAUUUGAAGUCCUUGCUCUUGCACUUUGCGUCAAAAGUGGGGAAUUUUAAUCAAAGGGAGUUUUGAUUCCCAGUUCUUCCCUGGGAUUUUGUGACGUCGUAAUUGAACGGUUCUUUUUGUUUCACGUUUCAACUUAGUCGCCCCUACUGAAGAACAACUCUGCCUAAUCUAUGAGUAAAGUCUAAGUGUCAAAACUCCAGAAUUGCCUCCAAGUCAUAUUUUUUGCAGAAGCAUAUUUAAAGCACUUUUCUUGAAAAGCUGGUUCCUCGCCUGCUCUGAAAUCUUUGUGUUUGUUCUUGUAGUCCUUUGUUAAUCAGUGUACUCCCUUUCUUUAAUGUAUGUCUUUCUUGGUCCACCAUGUUUACACU